AUGACUCCUGUGAAAAUAAACAGAGGACGAGACCUAGAAAAAGCUGCCAAUUACUUAAAGAACAUCAACACGGCAACCUCCACAGACGAUGUCUCCCCAUAUUUUAAGACGGAGCCGGUGCGGAGCCAGGUCCACCUGGAGGGGAACCGCCUGGUGCUGACGUGCAUGGCAGAGGGCAGCUGGCCCCUGGAGUUCAAGUGGCUCCACAACAGCCGGGAGCUGACCAAGUUCUCCCUGGAAUACCGGUACAUGAUCACGUCGCUGGACCGCACACACGCCGGCUUCUACCGCUGCAUCGUCCGCAACAGGAUGGGAGCCCUGCUGCAGCGCCAGACAGAGGUGCAGGUGGCCUACAUGGGGAGCUUCGAGGACAGCGAGACGCAGCAGAGCGUGUCCCACGGGGAGGCGGCCGUCAUCCGCGCGCCCCGCAUCGCCAGCUUCCCCCAGCCACAGGUCACCUGGUUUCGCGACGGACGGAAGAUCUCCCCCAGCAGCCGCAUAGCCAUCACGCUGGAGAACACCCUCGUCAUCCUCUCCACGGUGGCCCCGGACGCGGGACGUUACUACGUGCAGGCGGUGAAUGACAAGAACGGGGACAACAAGACGAGCCAGCCCAUCACCCUGACCGUGGCCAAUGUGGGUGGCCCAGCUGAUCCCAUUGCACCCACCAUCAUUGUCCCACCCAGGAACACCAGCGUGGUGGCUGGGACCUCGGAGGUGACCAUGGAGUGUGUGGCCAAUGCCAGGCCGCUGAUCAAGCUGCACAUCAUCUGGAAGAAGGACGGGGUGCCCCUUUCUAGUGGCAUCAGCGACUACAGCCGCCGGCUCACCAUCCUCAACCCCGCGCUGAGUGACAGCGGCUACUACGAGUGCGAGGCCGUGCUGCGCAGCAGCAGCGUGCCCGCCGUGGCCGAGGGCGCCUACCUCUCCGUCCUGGAGCCACCACAGUUUGUCAAGGAGCCGGAGAGACACAUCACGGCCGAGAUGGAGAAGGUGGUGGCCAUCCCCUGCCAAGCCAAAGGCGUUCCCCCUCCCGAGAUGGCCUGGUACAAGGACGCUGCCCUCAUCCACCUGGAGAAGCUCUCCCGUUUCCAGCUCCUGGCAGACGGCAGCCUGCAGAUCAGCGGGCUGCUCCCCGACGACACCGGCAUGUUCCAGUGCUUCGCCCGCAACGCAGCCGGCGAGGUGCAGACCACCACGUACCUGGCUGUGACCAGCAUCGCCCCCAACAUCACCAGGGGUCCCCAGGACAGCACGGUGAUCGAUGGCAUGUCCGUCAUCCUCAACUGUGAGACCUCAGGGGCUCCGCGCCCGGCCAUCACCUGGCAGAAAGGGGAGCGGGUCCUGGCCAGUGGCUCGGUGCAGCUCCCCCGUUUCACCCUGCUGGAGUCGGGGAGCCUCCUCCUCAGCCCCGCACACCUCGCCGACGCCGGCACCUACACCUGCCUGGCCACCAACUCCCGUGGCGUGGAUGAGGCGUCUGCCGACCUGGUGGUCUGGGCAAGGACACGCAUCACCGACCCACCACAGGACCAGAGCGUCAUCAAGGGGACCAAGGCCGUCAUGAGCUGCGGGGUCACCCACGACCCCAGUGUGGACGUCAGGUACGUCUGGGAGAAGGAUGGGGCACCGCUGAGCCCCGAGAGCGGCCCCCGGGUGCGCCUGGACGAGAUGGGGACCCUCCACAUCUCCCAGACCUGGUCGGGUGACAUCGGCACCUACACCUGCAAGGUGGUCUCGGCCGGGGGCAACGACUCGCGCAGCGCCCACCUCCGCGUCCGGCAGCUCCCCCACGCCCCCGAGAGCCCCGUGGCUUCCCUCAGCCCCCUGGAGAAACGGGCCAUCAACCUCACCUGGGCCAAGCCCUUCGAUGGCAACAGCCCCCUGCUCCGCUACGUCGUGGAGGUCUCCGAGAACAAUGCGCCCUGGACCGUGCUGCUGGCCAGCGUGGACCCCGAGUUGACGUCUGUGGUGGUGCGGGGCUUGGUCCCCGCUCGCUCCUACCAGUUCCGCCUCUGCGCCGUGAACGACGUGGGCAGGGGACAGUUCAGCAAGGACACGGAGAGGGUGUCCCUGCCCGAGGAGCCCCCCUCCGCUCCCCCCCAGAAUGUCAUCGCCAGCGGCCGCACCAACCAGUCCAUCAUGAUCCAGUGGCAGCCACCCCCCGAGAGCCACCAGAAUGGUGUCCUCAAGGGCUACAUCAUCCGGUACUGCCUGGCUGGGCUACCCGUGGGCUACCAGUUCAAGAACAUCACCAACGCCGACGUCAACAACCUGCUCCUGGAGGACCUCAUCAUCUGGACCAACUACGAGAUUGAGGUGGCGGCGUACAACAGUGCCGGCCUGGGGGUGUACAGCAUGAAGGUGACCGAGUGGACGCUGCAGGGAGUCCCCACGGUGCCCCCGGGGAACGUGCAGACUGAGGCCACCAACUCCACCACCAUCCGCUUCACUUGGAACCCCCCCAGCCCCCAGUUCAUCAACGGCAUCAACCAGGGCUACAAGCUCAUCGCCUGGGAGCCGGAGCACGAGGAGGAGGCCACGGUGGUGACGGUGCGGCCCAACUUCCAGGACAGCGUCCACGUGGGCUACGUGGCGGGGCUGCGGAAAUUCGCCGAGUACUUCACCUCGGUGCUGUGCUUCACCACCCCGGGGGACGGCCCGCGCAGCCCCCCCCAGCUGGUGCGCACCCACGAGGACGUGCCUGGCCCCGUGGGACAUCUCAGCUUCAGUGACAUCCUGGACACGUCCCUGAAGGUCAGCUGGCAGGAGCCGCUGGAGAAGAAUGGCAUCCUGACGGGCUACCGCAUCUCCUGGGAGGAGUACAACCGCACCAACACACGGGUCACCCACUACCUGCCCAACGUCACCCUGGAGUACCGCGUCACCGGCCUCACCGCCCUCACCACCUACACCAUCGAGGUGGCCGCCAUGACCUCCAAGGGCCAGGGCCAGCUCUCCUCCUCCACCAUCUCCUCGGGGGUGCCACCAGAGCUUCCUGGUGCCCCCACCAACCUGGGCAUCUCCAACAUCGGACCCCGCUCCGUCACCCUCCAGUUUCGCCCGGGCUACGAUGGCAAAACCUCCAUCUCCCGCUGGCAGGUGGAGGCACAGGUGGGCCAGAAUGGUGAGUCCGAAGAGUGGGGGCUCGUCCACCAGCUGGCUAACGAGCCCGACGCCCGCUCCAUGGAGGUGCCCAACCUGAAGCCCUACACCUACUACAGGCGAGUGGCCGGGACCACGCCACGGUGUCCUCCUCCCGGGGGGACCGGAGCCCUCUCGCCCCCCGCCCUCCUUGGGGGGUGGCCCAUGAGGGGGGCUGAUGGCACGGGGUGUGUUUCAGGCUACCGCAUCUCCUGGGAGGAGUACAACCGCACCAACACACGGGUCACCCACUACCUGCCCAACGUCACCCUGGAGUACCGCGUCACCGGCCUCACCGCCCUCACCACCUACACCAUCGAGGUGGCCGCCAUGACCUCCAAGGGCCAGGGCCAGCUCUCCUCCUCCACCAUCUCCUCGGGGGUGCCACCAGAGCUUCCUGGUGCCCCCACCAACCUGGGCAUCUCCAACAUCGGACCCCGCUCCGUCACCCUCCAGUUUCGCCCGGGCUACGAUGGCAAAACCUCCAUCUCCCGCUGGCAGGUGGAGGCACAGGUGGGCCAGAAUGGUGAGUCCGAAGAGUGGGGGCUCGUCCACCAGCUGGCUAACGAGCCCGACGCCCGCUCCAUGGAGGUGCCCAACCUGAAGCCCUACACCUACUACAGCCCCCUGAGGACGGCCAGUGAGACCAGCCGGUGGCUGCGCUGGAUGCCCCUCCUGGAGCAGGAGUACAACGGGAACCCCGACUCGGUGGGCUACAGGAUCCGGUACGCGCGCUGGGACGGGCGCGGGCAGCCGGCGGUGCACGUCGUCCACGACCGCGUGGAGCGGGAGUUCACCAUCGAGGACCUGGAGGAGUGGACCCAGUACCGGGUGCAGGUCCAAGCCUUCAACGCCAUCGGCUCGGGGCCCUGGAGCCACUCGGUGGUGGGACGCACCCGGGAGUCAGUGCCUUCUUCUGGCCCCAGCAACGUGUCAGCGCAGGCCACCUCCUCCAGCAGCAUGCUGGUCCGAUGGAGUGACAUCCCCGAGGCGGACUGCAACGGCCUCAUCCUGGGCUACAAGGUGAUGUACAAGGAGAAGGACUCGGAGGCACGUGUCCAGUUCUGGCUGGCAGAGGGCAAUGCCUCCCGCAGUGCCCAGCUGAGCGGGCUGGGCAAGUACACGCUGUAUGAGAUCCGUGUCCUGGCCUUCACCAGGAUUGGUGAUGGUGUCCCCAGCCGGCCCCCCGUCCUCGAGCGGACGCUGGACGACGUGCCUGGCCCCCCCGUGGGGAUCCUCUUCCCCGAAGUGAGGACGACCUCGGUGCGGCUCGUCUGGCAGCCCCCCGCAGCACCCAACGGCGUCAUCCUGGCGUACCAGGUCACCCACUGCCUCAACACCACCGCGGCCACUGCAGCCACCACGGAGGUGCUGGAGCCCAGUGCCCGCCAGUACACGGCUACUGGCCUCCAGCCGGAGGCUACCUACCUCUUCCGCAUCGCAGCCCAGACCCGCAAGGGCUGGGGCGAGGCGGCCGAAGCCCUGGUGGUCACCACGGAGAAGAGAGACCGCCCGCAGCCCCCCGGGAAGCCACUAGCCCAGCAGGAGGAGGUGCGAGCCCGCAGCGUGCUGCUCUCCUGGGAGCCGGGCAGCGACGGGCUCUCCCCCGUCCGAUACUACACGGUGCAGAGCCGGGAGUUGCCCGACGGCGAGUGGGCACUGCACUCCUCCUCCGUCAGCCGCAACGCCACCGCCUUCGUCGUGGACAGGCUGAAGCCCUUCACCUCCUACAAGUUCCGCGUGAAGGCAACGAAUGACAUCGGGGACAGCGAGUACAGCGAGGAGUCGGAGUCGCUCACCACCCUGCAGGCAGCCCCAGAAGAAGCCCCCACCAUCCUCUCCGUCACCCCCCACACCACCACCUCGGUGCUCAUCCGCUGGCAGCCCCCGGCCGAGGACAAGAUCAACGGGAUCCUGCUGGGUUUCCGUCUCCGGUACCGGGAGCUGGUGUCCGACAGCCUGCGCGGCUUCACCCUGCGCGGCAUCGGCCACCCCGGGGCCACCUGGGCCGAGCUCACCCCUGUCUACGCCGUGCACAACCUCAGCGAGGUGUCCCUCACCCAGUACGAGCUGGACAACCUGAGCAAGCACCGGCGCUACGAGAUCCGCAUGAGCGUGUACAACGCCGUGGGCGAGGGCCCCCCCAGCCCCCCCCAGGAGGUCUUUGUGGGUGAAGCGGUGCCCACGGGUGCCCCACAGAACGUGGCGGUGCAGGCGGCCACUGCCACCCAGCUGGAUGUCACCUGGGAACCGCCACCCGCCGAGAGCCAGAACGGGGACAUCCAGGGCUACAAGAUCCACUUCUGGGAAGCCCAGCGCCAGAACGAGAGCAUGAGGGUCAAGACGCUUUUCCUGCCCGAGGAUGGGGUGAAGCUGAAGAACCUGACGGGGUACACCUCGUACUGGGUCAGCGUCGCCGCCUUCAACGCGGCGGGAGACGGGCCCCGCAGCCCCCCUGUCAAGGGGCGGACGCAGCAGGCAGCCCCCAGCGCCCCCGGCUCCAUCCGAUUCAGUGAGCUGACCACCACGUCGGUGAACGUGUCCUGGGAGCCACCACCGCUGCCCAACGGCAUCCUCGAGGGCUACAGGCUGGUCUACGAGCCCUGCAUGCCCGUGGACGGCGUCAGUAAGAUCGUGACGGUGGACGUGAAGGGGAACAGCCCACUGUGGAUGAAGGUGAAGGACCUGGCUGAGGGUGUGACCUACCGGUUCCGGAUUCGGGCCAAAACCUUCGCCUACGGGCCAGAUGUUGAGGCAAACAUCACCACGGGGCCUGGGGAAGGUGCCCCCGGUCCCCCCGGCGAGCCCUUCAUCUCCCGCUAUGGCACGGCCAUCACCAUCCACUGGUCGAGUGGGGACCCCGGCCAAGGGCCCAUCACCAGAUACGUCAUCGAAGCCCGUCCUUCAGACGAGGGGCUUUGGGACAUCCUCAUCAAAGACAUCCCCAAGGAGGUGACCUCCUACACCUUCAGCAUGGACAUCCUCAAGCAGGGGGUCAGCUACGACUUCCGCGUCAUCGCUGUCAACGACUACGGCUAUGGCACCCCCAGCACACCGUCCCCCUCCGUGUCAGCCCAGAAAACCAACCCCUUCUACGAGGAGUGGUGGUUCCUGGUGGUCAUCGCCCUGGUGGGGCUCAUCUUCAUCCUCCUGCUCGUCUUUGUGCUCAUCAUCCGUGGGCAGAGCAAGAAGUACGCCAAGAAAUCAGACUCAGGGAACGGCUCCAAGGCGACCGCCCUGAGCCACGGGGAGAUGGUGAGCCUGGACGAGGGCAGCUUCCCCGCCCUGGAGCUCAACAACCGCCGCCUCUCCGUCAAGAACUCCUUCUGCCGGAAGAACGGCAUCUACACCCGGUCCCCACCGCGGCCCAGCCCUGGCAGCCUCCACUACUCGGAUGAGGAUGUGACCAAGUACAACGACCUGAUCCCCGCCGAGAGCAGCAGCCUGACGGAGAAGCCCUCCGAGGUCUCGGACUCCCAGGGCAGCGACAGCGAGUACGAGGUGGACCCUGGCCACCAGAAAGCCCACUCCUUCGUCAACCACUACAUCAGCGACCCCACUUACUACAACUCGUGGCGGAGGCAGCAGAAGGGCAUCUCCCGGGCACAGGCCUACAGCUACACCGAGAGCGACUCCGGGGAGCCCGACCACGCACCCCUCUCCAACAGCACCUCCACCCAGCAGGGCAGCCUCUUCCGCCCCAAAGCCAGCAGGACUCCCACCCCCCAGACACCCGGCAACCCCCCCAGUCAACCCGGUACCCUCUACCGCCCGCCCAGCAGCCUGGCCCCCGGCUCCAGAGCCCCCAUCGCUGGAUUUUCUUCUUUCGUUUGAUAUUUAAACAGAAACAAAAAAACAAACAGGAGGGGGAAAAAAAAGUAUAUAUUAAAAAAAAAAAAAAAAAAAAAAGGAAAGCCC